UUAGCAAAGUUGACGACGCUGGCGAAAUUAUCGGAAAAUGGCGCGUUUGUCAUACACGAUAUGGGCGUUGAUGCUCUACAGCUUAGACAUGCCGAUCUUUCAAACGUGUUGCGCGGACUAUAUAGAGGACAUAUACGGCGAACCUCUGUUAUCGAGUUCGCUAAUUACCUCACUUUUAAUUGCGGUAAGCGUCUACGUUAUCGUCGUGAGUCGUACGAUAUUUCCCGAGUCCUUUCGAAAACCAAAGCCUGUCUUUAUGGGCCUGUACGAGUUCUUCGUAACAGCGUUCUUCAUAGAAUUCGCAAUUUCCUGUGUGUGGACACCGAUAGAUUUUCUCGUCAGAUUCACUUUACCGAAAAAAAUAUGUCACGUAACGUAGCGACUCUCUCUCCC